AUGGCAAGAUCUUGCUUGGUUGCCAUGGUGUGUGUGCUCUUCCUGGCACUUGGUCAAGCAAGAGCCAGGACCAUUCCCACCAGCCUUCACCAAGCUACAGCAGCCACCACCACAGUGCCGCCCGGAGGUAGCCCUGCUGCCACUGGUUCAGGACUUGCAGACGAGAAGCACAUCCCCCGUCUCGGAUUCGGUGGCAUCCCCAGCGGCCUGCCGACCUUCGGCAUCCCCAGCGGCCUGCCGACCUUUCAGAUUCCCGGCGUCCUGCCGAGCUUCAGAAUCCCCAGAACGCUGCCGGCCUUCGGGAUUCCCAGCGGCCUGCCUAGAUUCAGAAUCCCCGGCACCCUGCCAACCUUUGGUGGCCCUAUAGGUUUUGGAGGUUCAACGGGACUUGGAGGGUUCGGUGGCAGAACCGGUGGCGGCGGACUUGGUGGGCUAGGUGGCAGAACCGGUGGCGGCGGACUUGGCGGAACUGGUGGCGGCGGACUUGGUGGACUCGGUGGCGGAACUGGUGGUGGCGGACUUGGUGGGCUCGGUGGCAGAACCGGUGGUGGCGGACUUGGCGGAACUGGUGGCGGCGGACUUGGUGGGCUCGGUGGCGGAACUGGUGGUGGCGGACUUGGUGGGCUCGGUGGCAGAACCGGUGGUGGCGGACUUGGAGGGUUCGGUGGCGGAACUGGUGGUGGCGGACUUGGCGGGCUCGGUGGCAGAACCGGUGGCGGCGGCUUUGGUGGGUUCGGUAGUCCUGGUGGUGGCUCCCGUAGCGGGCUCGGCGGCGGCAUCACGCCAUGA